AUGCAGGCAUGGAAGCAGCAGGUGCAGCAGCAGCAGCAGCAAAGCAAAGAGAAGCUGAAAUCAUCAUUUGAUGAGUUAGUUAAUCUAUGGAAAGAUGCAGCAGCAACAGCACAAAGAAGAGCGAGAAGACAACAAAAAAUAAAUGCAGAAAACCAGAAAGACAGCAACGAUCUAUGGCAGUCUUUCUCUCAGUGGUUGAUGCAGCUAUUGACCCCUCCCCCCAGCAGCAGCAGCAGCAGCAGCAACGGUGCUGCUGCAACACCUCUCCCGCUACAAAUCAACCUGCAGGGAGAAUACAGGGGAAAUUAUGCUGCAGCAGAAGAACAAGCUGUCGUUGUUGUUGUCGAUGAGGCAGAGGCGCUGCUUGCUGCUCUGAAGGCAUUGGCCCCGCAGCAGCAGCAGCAGCAGCAGCAGGAGGAGCAGCAGCAGGAGGAGCAGCAGCAGCAGCAGGAAGAGCUAGAGCCUGCUGCUGAUGACGCUGAGGAGCAGCAGCAGCAGCAGCAGCAAGAGGAGGAGGAGGAGCCUGAUGACGCUGAGGAGCAGCAGCAGCAGCAGCAGCAAGAGGAGGAGGAGGAGCAGCAGCAGCAGCAGGAAGAAGAAGAAAUAAAACCAAGACAAGAAGACAACGAAGACGAAGAAGAAAUAACUGAAGCUGCAGCAGUUGGCGCAGGUGCAGCACGAGACACAGGAGCAGCACCAGCAGCAGCAGCAGCAGCAGAAGAAGAAGAAGAAACCCCAGCAGCAGCAGCAGCAGCAGAAGAAGAAGAAGAAGCAGCAGCAGCAGCAGCAACAGAAAAAACCUCCCGCUUGUCUGCUGAGGUAUUAGACUCCCUGCAGCGCACAGAAGCAAUGUACGGUGAGCUGCUAGCAGCAAUAGAAGCAGCAGCAACAGCAGCAGGAGAAGCAGCAGUAGAUGCCAUGGGUGCAACAGCCCGCAGCAGCAACGACAGCAGCAGCAGCAGCAAGUCUCUUCGCGGCGGCAGCAGCAGCAGCAGCAGCAGCAGCAGCAGCAGCAGCAGCAGCAGCGGGGUGUAUGCGAAACUAACAGCAGAGAUGCUGCAGGAGAUGCAGCUGUUGAAUAUGCAGUUUGCUGCUAACAACGCCGAAGCAGCAGCAGCACUUGCUGCUGUUGAGGAGGAGAGCAGCAGCAGCAGCAGCAGCAGCAACAGAAACAGCAAAUGGAUAGAGGAAGAAAGACAAAGACUACUAAAAAGAUGGCUGCUUAAAAUAAAUAUACAAAUUAUGCAGCUGUCUUUCCUUUCUCAGAAAGCAGCAAGCCUGGGUGUGCCUGUAGGUGUAUCUCCCCCUGCUGCUGCUGCUGCUGCUGCUGCUGCAGGCAAAGCAGCAGCAGCUGCUGCUGCUGCUCCUAUCCUUACUGCCUGCAGCAGCAGCAGCAGCAGUUUAAUUUUCAUAGCUCUUGCAGCAACGAUAGCAGCAGCAGCAACAAUACCAGCAGCAGCAGUAACAGCAAUACUAGCAGCAGCAGCAGCAGCAACACUAGCAGCAGCAGCAGCAGCAGCAACACUAGCAGCAGCAGCAGCAGCAGCAACAGCAAUACUAGCAGCAGCAGUAACAGCAAUACUAGCAGCAGCAGCAGCAGCAAUACUAGCAGCAGCAGCAGCAGCAACAGUAGCAGCAGCAGUAACAGCAACAACAGCAAUACUAGCAGCAGCAGUAACAGCAACAACAGCAAUACUAGCAGCAGCAGCAGCAGCAACAACAGCAAUACUAGCAGCAGCAGCAGCAACAACAGCAAUACUAGCAGCAGCAGCAGCAGCAACAGCAAUACUAGCAGCAGCAGCAACAUCUCUAGCAGUACAAACAACAAAGUCAAACGCAGCAGCAACUGCAGCAGCAGCAGCUGCAGCAGCAGCAGCUGUAGCAGCAGCAACUGCAGCAGUAGCAACUGGAGCAGUAGCAACUGCAGCAGCAGCAGCUGUAGCAGCUGCUGCAGCUGCAGCAACUGUAGCAGCAGCAAGUGUAGCAACAGCAACUGCAGCAGCAGCAAGUGCAGCAGCAGCAACUGCAGCAGCAGAAAGUGCAACCGCAGCAGCAGCAGCUGCAGCAGAAACAGCAGCAACAGCAACAGCAGCAGCAGCAGUACCUGUGCCUUUCGAUCGACAAGGACGAACAGCAGCAACAAUAAUAGUAACGCCAAAGGCAAGCAGCAGCAACUAUGCAGCAGUUGCUGCUGCAGGAGCAGCAGCAGCAGCAGCAGCAGCAGCAACAGCAGCAACGCCACCGACAGCAGUAGCAGCAGCAGCAGUAGCAACGGCAGCAGCAACAGCAGCAACGGCAGCAGCAGCAGCAGCAACAGCAGCAGCAGCAGCAGCAGCAACAGCAGCAGCAGCUCACGAGCUGGCGGCAAACUGCUGA